AACAGCAUCAUCUACAUUCCAUUUCCUUUGAUCCCAACAUCAUUCAUUGGCAAGAGAGCAAUAAGUAGAGUGCUGCUUUUCACAGCAUAGGUCUAGAUUGAGAGCAUCCACCCAUCUCAUAUACCCAUACAAUACAUCUUUUGAUCAUAUCACCGAUCCGCAGAAGAACUCGGGAACCUAAAAAAAAUGUCAUCAGACUCAUCGUCAUCACAAGUCCCUCGAUUCCAUGUCCACCCGCAUGGCGCACACCUCGACCACCCUGCACCUCCAAUUCAGGCUGGAGAAUCAUCUUUGGCGCUUGAAGAAGAGGAAGAGCAUGAUUAUGAGAGUUUACCGGUGGGAAGUGGUUGGGCUGUCAACAUGGCGGCAGGCGCGAUGGCUGGUAUAUCUGAGCAUUCUGCCAUCUUUCCUAUAGAUUCUAUCAAGACGCGAAUGCAAAUUCUCGCUCCCGUCUUGCAUCCUGUCACCGGCACCACCUCCGCCACCAUCACUGGCACCAUUGCCCCCCAACUCAACACCAUUUCCCAACACGUCCGCUCCAUUUCUACCACUGAAGGUCUCCGUUCCCUUUGGCGAGGUGUCGCCAGUGUUAUCCUCGGCGCCGGACCGGCGCACGCGGCGCAUUUUGGAAUGUACGAAUUUGUGAGGGAGAUUAGUGGCGGGAGGAACGAUGGAUGGCAGGGUGUAAUGGGCACUGCUGUGGCUGGAGCUGCUGCCACCGUCUCUAGCGAUGCUUUGAUGAACCCGUUUGACGUAAUCAAACAACGUAUGCAGAUCGCCAAUUCACCUUACAGCAAUGUCCUCCAUUGCGCGCGCACCGUUUACGCCCGCGAAGGUCUCACCGCAUUCUACGUCUCUUAUCCUACCACACUCACCAUGUCCGUCCCCUUUACCGCCGUUCAAUUCUCCGCAUACGAAUACCUGAAAACGCUACUUAACCCUUCCGGCUCCUACUCCCCUUCUACGCACGUCAUUGCUGGCGGUAUAGCGGGUGGUCUCGCAGCAGCCGUGACGACGCCGUUGGAUGUGGCUAAGACGCUGCUUCAAACGAGGGGGAGCAGUGCUGAUGAGCGGAUAAGAGGUGCAAGGGGGAUGGGGGAGGCGCUGAGGAUUAUCUGGGAGAGGGAUGGAUGGAAGGGUUUGAGAAGGGGGAUGGCGCCCAGGGUUUUGACCGUAGCGCCGAGCACGGCUAUCAGUUGGAUGAGUUAUGAGUUCUUUAAGGUCCUUAUAAGACAACAUGGUUCCUUACCCGAGACCGGUCAAUCGCUCUAAGCCUUAAGCCUUUAUAACCUCACGAACCAAGUUUAUCUUGGCGAGUUUCUGCUAUGUUGUGAUUUUAUUGUUAUAUCCCCGACUAAUCGGGUCUCGCAAUGGUCUAUCGUAUCAGUACCAACAUUAGGAUGCCUCUUGAUCAUGCGACUCGAGUAGAUAUAGGAGGAGAGAAGGGAGAAGGUGUGGGUGUGUAUAAUUAAAUCAGCAUUACAGUAAAUCGUUAAUGACAAUAACAGUGGGAGUGGGAAGAGGAAG